AUGAUAAGAUAAAGAUCAGUUAGUCAGAAUUCAAAAACCUUAGAGUAUGAUUAGAUAAGAGAUAUAAAAACAUCAUAGUUCCAUAGAAAGAUAGUGGUAAUAAGAUUUCCUAUUAUUGUAGCCUUUGCAUUAAGAAAAUAGUAUGUUAAAAGAUAGAUUACACAAAAUGAAAUUUUAAGUGGAAGACAAUUUGUAACUAGUGAUAGAUGAAUUAGAUAAAGAUUUAUAGUUAAAGGCUAAACUUAUAGAUUUCUAAUAGUUAUUUGGAUUGAUAAAGGUGUAAAUAAGUAAAGAUCAUGAGAAAAUUGAUUCCUUAUAAGAAUAAAUAGAGAGACUUUAAUUUAACUUAAAUCAAAGUGCUGAAUAAAGAGAAGAUGAGUGUUAAAUGUAUUAAUAAUCUUAAGCUACUUUAAAUGAAUAGUUUUAAAAGGAAAAGUAACUAUUUCGUAGUGAGAAACUAUCGUUGGAUGAAUAAAUCAAAGUACUAACUUAUUAGAAUUACGAGAAGGAAUAGGAAUUGGAUUAGAUGAAGAAAUAGUUACAAUGGGAGUUAGAUUAGAAUUAGGAACUCAUUUAAAAAGUUGAGAGAACAAAGAAGUUAGAUUAAGAAUUAAAGGAUAAAUAAGUAUAAUAUGAAACAACGAUAUAAAAAUUAAAUUCUUAGAUUGAGACUGAUAAUUAGGUAUUUAAGAAUGAAUUGGAAUUAUAAUAAUAAAAGUUAGAAUCAAAAUAUAAAUAAAUGAUAUAGGAAAAUAAGUAAUUGACUUAAUAAGUAUCAGAGAUGAAAUAAAAUAUUAAUCAAUUAAAAUAAUAAAAAGAAUCUAUGGAAAAAACAUUAGAAACAAAUAAUUAGAAAAUGAAGGAUAUGAAAACUGGAGUUAUUUCAGAUAAAUAAUAGAUAUCAAAAAAUGAAAAAACAAUUGAGGAAUUAUAAACAGAAUUAACAUUUUAUAAAAAUAAGGUGUCAUUAGAUGAAAAAAGGGAAAUAAAAUUAAAAUAAUAAUUGACUUAAUAAGAAGAUCAAAUUUAAGAAUUAUUAUAAGUCAAGAAUUAAUAUAAUAAUUUAAGAAAAGCAUUAUAAUAAGAACAUCUUGUUGAAAUAGAAAAAAUUAAUAUAUAACAUAAUUAAUAACUUAAAAGUUUAAAUGAAUAAAUUUAAAUUCAAAGAGUAAAAUAUGAAAAAUUACUUGGUAAAAAGGUAGAUAUAAAAGAAAUUGCUCAAUAUUAAUAAAAAGAUUUUUAAUAAUAAUAUGAAGAUCCAAUUCAUAUAUAAUAUGUUGAAAAUUUAGAAUUGAAGAUUGAAAAUUAAAAUUAACAAAUAAAAUAAUUAGAAUAAAAUAUUAUUAAUAUUAAUGAAGAAUAUAAAAAAGAAAUAUAAUUAAUGUAAAAUUAAUUUGCUUAAGAAAAAUAAAUUCUUAUUAUUUAACAAAAAUAAGAUUUAUAAAGAUAAUUAGCAGAAUUUGAAGAAUUUAAAAAUAAAUUAUUAAGUGAUUAUAAUUAUAGAACUUAAUUAUUAUCUUAAUAAUUCUCCUUUUAAUUAGAUUAAUAAAAAUAAGAAUAAAAAUAAUUAUAAUAGAUUAUAGAUUAAUCUAAAUUAAGUAGUGAUGAAAAGACUAAAUUAUUAGAAAUAGCUUCAGAAGAGAUUAUGAAUUUGAGAAAGAAAUAUGAUCAUGAUAUCUAUGAGGAAAGAAAUACAUAAAGAUAAAUGAAACAUGAAUUUGAAUCUACUAUUUAAUAAAAUUAAUCAGAUCAUCAAAAAUAAUUAGAUAUUCUAAAAAGAGAAAUUGAAAAUUUAAAAUUAUCAUUAUCUGACUAUCAAAAUAGAGAUUAGAUAUCUAAAUAAAAAAUAUCAGAAUUAUAAAAUGAAUAAAAAUAAGAUAAAUUGAAUAUAAAUUAAUUAGAAUAUUAAUUAAGUAAAAGAUAAAAUGAAAUUUAAAAAUUAAAUGAAACUAUUAGAGGACUAAAUGUUCGCAUAUCUACAUUAUUAUUAGAAGUAGAAAAUACUAAAAAAACAUAUAAUAUAUUUGCACCUUCUACAUCAAAUUCAUCACAUUAUAAUUUGAAAAAACUAGAAUUAGAAAUACCAGUAGAUCUAAGUUAAUAAUAAAGACAUUCAUCUUCUGAAUUAAAAUUUAAACCUGAACUUUUGAUCCAGGAAAUUGGUAAAAAGUCUAAUAGAAAUAGAUCAUAAUAAGGAUCUAGGUAAUAUCAAAUAAGAUAGAUGCCACAAGUAUGA